UGGAAAAGGUCAGCAAUUGAUACGUUCGUCACAAGCAUAGUGAACUCCAUUCAGAAUAGAAACCUUAACGAAUGGUUAUAUUAUAUGGAUCAAAUAUAGUCCAAUUUGAUUCUGUUUGUAAGAUUGUGCGUUUUUUAAUAACAAUUAUACAGUGUUCGGACUUAAAAAUUUAAAAUCAGAAAGACAUAUAAAAUAACAGCUGAAUCAGCGGCAGAGAAGAAAUGCGGCAUUCGUUCAUUUUAUUACUUGUGUGCCUUACAAUUUCAAUUGAACAAGGUGCAAACACAAAAGUGGAGGAAGAUGAAAAAUGGACCGAGCUUCAUGAAGCCGCAAGAAAUGGCAUAACGGAUAUUGCCAAGUUUCUCGUCGAUCAUGGAGCAAACGUCAAUGCAGAAGAUAAAUAUAAAUCUACACCACUCCAUGUAUCUGCAGUAUAUGGCACAAAUGAUAUUGCCAAGCUUCUAAUCGAUCAUGGAGCAAAUGUCAAUGCAAAAGAUGUAGAUCAAUUGACGCCUCUCCAUGUAUCUGCACAAUUUGGCACAACGGAUAUUGCCAAUCUUCUCAUCGAACAUGGGGCAAAUAUCAGUGCAGAAUGGGCAUUAAAAUCGACAUCUCUUCAUAUAUCUGCAGAAUCUGGCACACUGGAUAUUGCCAAGCUUCUCAUCGAGCAUAACGCCAAUAUUAGUGCAGAAAUGGAAGAAAAAUGGACGCCUCUCCAUAUAUCUGCAAAACAUGGCACAAAGGAUAUUGCCAAGCUUCUCAUCGAGCAUAACGCCAAUAUUAGUGCAGAAAUGGAAUAUAAAUGGACGCCUCUCCAUGUAUCUGCACAAUAUGGCACAACGGAUAUUGCCAGGCUUCUCAUCGAGCAUAAGGCCAAUGUUAACGAAGAAAAUAUUCAUAAAUGGACGCCUCUCCAUAUAUCUGUACAAAAUGGGCACCUUGAUAUUGUACAAUUAUUAUUCUCAAAGCAUUCAGCGAAUGUCAAUGCAGAAACUAUAGACAAAUGGACACCGCUCCAUGUAGCUGCAAUAUAUGGUCAAGGACUUGCGGCCGAAUAUCUCAUCCCAUGGGGAGCUUCUGUUCAUGCUGAAGAUAAAAAUAAACAAACGCCGCUCCAUUUUGUUGCACAAUCGGGUCAAGAUUAUAGGGAUAUUGCUGAAAUUCUUAUCAAAAAUAAGGCUGAUGUUAAUGCAACAGACGUAGAUAAAUCGAUGCCGCUCCAUUUGGCUGCAGAAAACGGCGCUUUAGGUAUUGUAGAGCUUCUGGUUUCAAAACAGGUUGAUGUUAAUGCAGAAACUAAAGAUAAAUUAACGCCACUCCACUUCGCUGCCAAAAAUGGCAGUGUGAAUGUGGUAAAAUUUCUCGUCGAAAAGGGGGCUAAUGUUAGCGCUGAAACAACUUUGAAAUGGACCCCGCUCCAUUUCGCAACAGAAUACGGGCAAACGGAAGUAGCUAUCUUUCUGAUUUCAAAUGGCGCACCAGUGGAUGCAAGAAAUAUUGAUGAAAAAACGCCAGUGGAUUUGGCAAAAAAUGUCACAUGGACUGUAAUUCAACAAUACCUUGAUUCGCUGAAAGCUCAUACUCUAAAGGGCUUAAUUCCAAUUUCAAUAGCAGUCGGAUUUAGUUUGAUAGUUCUUGUUGUGAUAAUACUAAUUUAUUUUCUACGUGAACGAAAGAGAAGCCAUCGUUUUGAAAAACUGCUUCAAGGAAAUGAAAAGAAAAUCAAACUAGAUCAUGCACUGAAUGACCAGGCCCAUCUUUUGCCAUAUAAAAAAGAGUUUGAAUUUCCCAAAGAAAAGCUUAAACUCGGAAGGGUGCUUGGUGCUGGUGAGUUUGGUGUUGUCCACGAAGGAUUUGCUCGUGGAAUCUUAUCUAAUGAGGAAGAAAUCAAAGUUGCCGUCAAGAUGUUCAAAGAUAAUUCGCCCGAUGAGGAAGUAAUGAAGGCAUUAGUUUCUGAAAUGAAAAUCCUAAUGCAUUUGAGUCAGCAUUUGAAUGUGGUGAAUUUACUUGGAACUGUCACCGAGAAUAUUGCACAAAAUGAAGUGAUGAUUAUUGUUGAACACUGUGAUUACGGCAAUAUUAGGGAUUUAUUGAGAAAAAAUCGUAAACGUUUCAUCUAUCAAAUUAAUCAUGAAAAUGAUACAAUUGAUUCAAUUAUAACGAAUGAAGAACAAUCAACUGACCACAAAUGUGAUGAUGAACAAGAUCAAGAAUUCAAAGAAAAUGACCAAUCUCCCACUAAUUCUUUGUAUAGUGCUGAACAAAACCAAGACUCAGAGUCAGACGAAUUGUUUUUAGUCUGCCAAGACUAUCCAAACAGAGAUCCACCUAAAAGCGAAUAUAUAAAGAUCCAUUCAAUUUCAAUGUCUGAUUUACUUUCCUGGUCAUUUCAAGUGGCGCAAGGAAUGCAAUAUUUGAUUUCUUGUAAUAUUCUACAUCGAGAUUUAGCAGCGAGAAAUAUUUUGCUGUGUACCAACAACGUAGUCAAGAUUUGUGAUUUCGGAUUGGCACGAGAUUUUUCCAAGAAAGGAUAUUAUCGAAAGAAGGAUGGCAUUGAAAAAGUUCCAUUGAAAUGGUUGGCGCUCGAAUCUCUAAGCGAACCGAAAUACAGUGUAUAUUCUGAUGUUUGGUCGUUUGGCAUCGUUCUAUGGGAGCUAUUUUCACUCGGAGCAGAACCAUAUUCUGAAGAAAAAAUUGAUACUUUUGACGAGCUAGAAAUGCAUUUAAAAGACGGACACCGAUUGAGAAAACCACAAUAUGCCACACAAUCUAUAUACGAUAUUAUGAUGUCAUGUUGGAACGCCGAACCCAAAUCGCGUCCAUUAUUCGAUAGUCUUGAGAAGAAAAUUUCCGGUCUUAUGGAACCUAUUAUGGCUGUUGUGCAGCAUUUUACCGAUUCAAAUAAAUCGUAUAUGGAAUCAAAUGCUAAAGAAUGUAAACCUGGAGAAACUGAUUAUACAGUAAUGCAACCAAUUCAAGAUAAAAAUGCACAGUCUUUCUCAUGCUGUCCUGUUCUCUUAUCUUCUAAAAAACUAAACGAAAAUGUCGAAUGUGCUGUAGAAAUACCAUUGCAGUCGUUUUAUUUUUCAAAUUGAAAAAAAUACAGAGUGUUCAAGUACAUACCAAAUAUAAUGAAUAAUUUGAAAAAAUACCGAUUUCUUAUAAUCGAAAAAAAAAAAUUGCUUGAAAUCUAUGCGAAUAUUCAUUCAAUGAUUCGUUAUGAGGUGAUCGAGUUGUAUACCAAUUAUAAAGUGAAAAAUCAGAGAUCAGCAUUCAAAACCUGUCAUUCUUACACACUUUUCCUCUGUGUGUCUUGUAUUUUAUUCGCAUCAAAAACAAAACAUGGACAAUAUUACAGCAUUAGCUCAACCAAAAGGCAUCUUGGUAAAAACUUUAAUACGAUU